UUCCAGAUUUAAGAAAAUUUGAGGUAUGGAUCCAGAGGCUGCAAAGACUGCACGGGAAUCUCUAGAUUUGGCAUUUCACAUGUCAAACAUUCUUGACACAGGGCUUGAUCGCCACACGCUAUCAGUGCUAAUUGCGUUGUGUGACUUGGGUUUAAAUCCUGAAGCAUUGGCUGCUGUUGUUAAAGAACUCAGACAACAACCCUCUUCCUCUCCAUCAAUCCCUAAUCAUGCUCCUUCAUCUGUUCCAUAAAAACAGGUUUUUGGAAUUACCAAUAUCAUUGCCAUGAUAGUAAAAUCCCAAGUUUAGAUUAGGUUUAAAUUUGAGUUGAUUUACUUGGUGUGAAUUUUACCUUUGAUGUUUUCCUUUCUUCUUUUGUUUUUAAAUUUGCCUAUAUAAUUUCUGGUUUCUUUGUGUUAAGAAAUACACAAUGUAAAAUGCAAGGAUUUGAAAUGUGAUAUUGUUUUAUGAAUCUUUGUAAUUAAUCUUAUAAUUCCUGA